GGUAUCUAGGCCAAAGAUGGCGGACGUUUUAAGUGCAAGUAAGUGAAUUACUGGACAGCUUACGCUGAUCUUCUCAACUAAUAUGGAAGACGAACGGAUCACUGCUCUAAUGAAAUAUGUCCGCGGAGAAAUAAGCUUUGAGCAGUGGAUCGAAACAGGUGGAGGUGGAUCGUGCGAGGCAGAAACGGAGGACAUUGGCCUUCAAGAUGGCGAGGAGGUCGGACGAGGGGAAGAAAGCCAAAUACAAGCAGUGGAGAGUGAAUACAAAAGCGAACCUACUGAGACGAUCACUGUUCUUGUAUCAGAGCCUAUGUUUGCUAAGUUGGCAGAAAUUGGAUCCACAGUAGAACCAACCACAGGUCUCCCAAGUGAACAGCAUCAGGUUUUAGAUGGUGCCCCAGAUAAAGGUUUACCCAAUAUGCAGUUACAGACGGCAUCCCAACCAUCAGUGAGAAUGACAGAUCUUUUGCUUCAAGGAGCUGCUGCAAAAAGUGCUAAGAAACAUGGCGGCACUGGUGUUGAUGAAUUCAUGGAGGAGAUUCCUGUCCAAAAGCGGCGAAGAGCUGGACGUCGUAAAUUGUAUGAGUUACCUCCAAAAUUAAAAAAAACCAUGGGUCAAGCUAAUAUUCUGUGGGCAAGAGGAGAAAUCGAGAAGGCUAAAGGAAUCUGUAUGGAGCUAAUUCGACAAGUUCCAAAGUGUUCAGAACCUUUCCAGACCUUAGGAAUGAUGUAUGAAGAACAGGGAGACCAAGAGAAAGCAUUGCAGUUUUUCCUCAUUGCUGCAUAUCUCAGCAAAUCUGGAGAUUUGGAGGAAUGGGUUAAGCUAGCAAUGAUGUCCCUGGAACAAAAUAACUUGGAUCAGGCAUUAACUUGCUAUAAUCAAGCUCUGAAGCUGGAGCCAACAAAUUUAAAUGUUUUAUGGGACAGAGCAGCUUUGUGCUAUCAAAUGGGAGAUCAAAAGAAAGCUCUGGAAUUUUAUGAAUCUGCUUUAAAGAAUGUUCCUACAGAUGAUGGGGCAAAGUUUGUUGAGUUGUCGUGUGAAAUGGCUAAGUUAUACCAUGAAAACAAGUCUCUGGAUGAGGCUAUCAGAGUAUUGCAGGCUGCACUUUCUAAACAUACUGAUCAUGCAAAUAACCAAGCAAUUAACAUGUUGGCUGACCUUCACAUGACAUCAAAAGAUUACAAGCUUGCCUUUGAGAUGAUUUCAAAGUAUUGUGAUGUCAAACAUGAACUCAUGUCAGAUGACACAGGGGAAUCACCUCUGACGUCAUUUUCACAGUUCAUGAGUCCAACUCAAGAGAGAAACACUUCAAGAUCUCCAAAAAAAGACGGAGAUGAACAGAAACGCAACUAUAUUAUACCUGAAGACCUUCCCAUUGAUCUUCGUGUCAAGUUCGCCGUGUGUCUCAUUCAUCUGAGGCAGUUACAUGCAAUUAAGGAGAUUCUUGCACCGCUGUUUAUGGAGACAGUGGAGUCAGCAGGUGACUUGUAUAUUGAUGUUGCUGAGGCUUAUGCAGAAAAUGGUGAUUGCGAAGAGGCGUUACCGAUCCUUGAUAUGCUGAUAGCGACAAAGAAUUUUUCCCUGACACCAUCAUCCGAAAUCGCACACACCAUCAUCCGAAAUCGCACACACCAUCAUCCGAAAUCGCACACACCAUCAUCCGAAAUCGCACACACCAUCAUCCGAAAUCGCACACACCAUCAUCCGAAAUCGCACACACCAUCAUCCGAAAUCGCACACACCAUCAUCCGAAAUCGCACACACCAUCAUCCGAAAUCGCACACACCAUCAUCCGAAAUCGCACACACCAUCAUCCGAAAUCGCACACACCAUCAUCCGAAAUCGCACACACCAUCAUCCGAAAUCGCACACACCAUCAUCCGAAAUCGCACACACCAUCAUCCGAAAUCGCACACUUUCGCCCCAAAGUGGACUCUAUCGUCUGGAAUCAAUUGUGUGUCCAGCUUUCCUUUUACCCUUAUCCAAAUCUGUUCUUUCGCCGCUUUUCCUUUUAUUGUUUUUUUUGCGACCUUUAAACUCGUAGCUGAUCCUAGAGGAGAGGGGACAGGAGAUUCUGCUGAGGACGAGGUAGCCAUGGAUACGAGUUCUGUGAACUCCGAAUGGACUGAAACAGAGCCUGCAGUACAGCCUCAGGAUUUUCGUUUGCUUUUCCACAAGUGUGCAUUGUUACACUCACAGAGUCGCAUGAAUGAAUUUUUGGAGGCAGGAUUAGAGAUGUUUCGUUUGUUUUUCAUCGAUGUGUAUUACAUUAAAGAUCUAACAGACAUGGCCUUGAAGUCAAGUAAAUUUAGAAGGGAAUUAAAGCAAAAGGAAGCGUUUGAACAGGACGAGUCGCGGUACCGCGCAAGUGUCGCGGCCUGUAGUCGAGGGGACACUGGACUGAGAAUUGAGGAGUGGUGGGAAAUGUUUAAAAAUGUUGUAUCAAAUCUAAGUGGCCUCAAGCGGCACUCUGAGGCACAGCAUAUGGUGUUGUGUGCGCUGGCCUCUGAUCGCUUCUCCGACUCUUAUCAGACAGAACUGGUCUUCAUGAGUAUUGUAGCGUUUUACCUCAACAGAGAGUACAAAGUAGCCUUUGACGCAACAAAACUACUCAUUGCGAGGGACAAAAAGAAUCCAGUCUUAUGGAAUAUACUUUCUCGAAUUACCGCCAGAUCUGGGGACAGCAGACAUCAGCGCUAUGUUUUGAGGCUUUUAAUUAAAACUCCUGAUGAGUUUCCAUUAGUUAUGUUCAGCGGUCAUAAUGCUCUGGUUAGCGGAAGUUACCGAUUCGCAGUAGGCGAAUACGUUCGAGCUUUCCGCCAAACCCCAGAGGAUCCACUGAUCUCGCUAUGCUUAGGCCUGCAGUACAUUCACUUAGCUUGCCAGCGAUUUCCUAGAAACCGACACUUUUCUGUUGUGCAGGGUAUCAUCUUUCUUUUUCAAUAUCUCGGUCUUCGGGGCGAAUGUCAAGAGGCGUUUUACAACAUUGCACGUGCUUUUCAUCAGAUUGGUCUUCUUCAGUUCGCUGUCCACUACUACAACAAAGCUUUGGAAUUCCCUUUGCACGAGGCCUCCAAAACCGACGGGAGUAACCCUGUCAAGUUUUCAGAAAAGCACGAUCUCCAUAGAGAAGCAGCGUUUAAUUUGUCUUUGAUAUAUCGAGCAAGUGGAAACGAGAUCAUGGCCAAAGAAUUGUUAAUGAGUCAUUGUUGGGUGUGAAGGACCAUUUCGAUAAACUUACUGCUCGUUGUGGGAGAUGUGAUGGCCGAUCAGAUAACACGCCGGUUCCAGUUCGAGAGGCGUGGGUUCGAGACCUAGUGGAGAGCAUUGUGGUUGUGAGCAAUACUCGCUCCAUGCCUAUCUCCACCUAGGAGUGUUAAAUGAGACUGGUGAACUGUCAGGGAAGAUGAUUAUUUUCUGGAUGGUAGCCUUUGAUGAAUCACCAAUGGAGUCAAAGGCAAGCUCUGUAGCCUGGUGAACCAUGUGCCUCUAGUGCGGACCAAUGUUCGUGCGAUAAAAACUUGUAUCACAAAAAAUAUAUUUAUACUUAAAUAUGUAUUUUAUAUUAUAGAUAUUUGUACAUAAACGAAUACGGCAUUAGAAAUAGAGAAAACGCCGUAGACCAAGCAAAAUAUUAUUUAAAAUGAAAUUUUUAGUGCUUGUCUCAAUUUUCCAAGUUGUUGUCUCUUCGUGUAAGAGCACUGUAAGCAAAGGGAGGUCCAUUUUCUUUGCCAUCAAUCAAUGUUUUUAAAGUACUUUUGAUCCAUAACUACAUAAGGGGAUCAAAAGAACACUGUUCUGUUUCAGACUUGCUUUGAGCAUCUAGAGUGGGCUUGCGUUUUCUAGAAUGUUCCUCAUCCAAGCUUCUUUAAACUGUGCGUAGACGAAAAAUGUAGUUUGCCCAAAGCGCGAGAAACUGGGCGCGAGCGGGUGACUGAAGAAGAGGCAGCUUUUUUUCAAUACAGUUCAAUUAGUUCUACAUGAAGAUGUGUGUUCAUAUGAUGAUUGCCAUUCUAGGUAUAAGCUGAUAUGCUACGAAUUUUUAAUUCUUACUCAGCUUUUGUACCAGAUUUCUCGUCCUUAUUCUGAUGAACACGUGUAAAGUAGAACUUCUGUUUAAUAAAUAGACAAAGGGUUGAACUGUUUUUCUGCUUUUGCAAAACAUUUAUCUCACGUAUUAGAAUUCAAUUACAACAUUACUUCCCGUGUUUAAAUACUGGGAAAUAAAAAACGCCAGAGCGAAUAUUUAACUUGGGCAUAAAACUUGAUAAAAACAUACUUCCCCAGCUCGCUCCAUAAAAUCACAAAUGAAUAUGCUUCCUUUACAAGAAAGCAAUAUAUAAUUUAUAAUAUAUAUUAUAUAAUAUAAUAAUAUAUGAUAUAAAUCUGACUUCUGCGGUCUUUGUUGAGUGUUCUAGAAAAUGCGAUCUUGAAGUGGAAAAUGAUAUUUCAAAAACUAAACAUUUCAUUUGUGAAAUGAUGCCAAUUCAUUAUCUUAUUCGUAAAGGAAACUUUUUCUUAUCACACUGAAGUUAAACAAAUGAGUCAUUCAUCACAGCUUAUUCUGUGUUACUUCCUCGUUUUACUUCGUUUAAUUUGCUGCCUCAUCCGUCAAUUUCAAACCUGCUUGAUUUAAAUCUGUCGGCGCGUGAACUCUUAAUUAAAAAUCAAAGAACUGGACUUGUGCACCUUUACAAAAGUUUUUUUAUUUGCAACUCAGUUUUUUUAAAAGCUGUUGAAAGCAUAAUGAAUAAACAUUGCUUUUGACAUGAUCGAGAAAUGGUAAGGCAAAUUACAUUCGGUUUCAUGAGGAACGAUUUCUCCUUCAUCCUGAAAAAAGUACUGCGUUGUCAUUUGUGAAAAAGGAAGAGAAGAGUUUAAGUGUAAAUGUAUAUAUUUUAUUCACUGAGAGUUUUUGUAACUUAAUCCACAGUAGUUUCAAAGUUAACUGGUUGUCUUUAAUAAAUGACUACGAGUUUAGUCAA